CAAAAUAAUGAGUAUGCUGGAAAGUUUAUACUUAUUUAGAAUGUUACAGCUAGCUGUCUCUGAAAUAACUCUAUUUUUCUAUUCUAACUAUAUAUUUAGCAUAAAUUACAUAAAAUUAUUUGAAAAAAUAAUUAUUAAACUUAAUUUCUUCUUUGUGAUAUACUUAAAAAUAUAAACUGCAUACGAAUGUUACAUAAUUACAAAUUUAUUUCACUAAUAUUCCUCAUUUUUGAUAAUGCAAUUUAUGUAGUUUGCUUGUGUACUGAGGCCUGGUGGCACAGUGAAGAAAAAAGUUAUAAACUACUUGGUUUUUGUAAAUGGAAGGUGGCUGUAUCACUUUUAAAGGCGACGCGUGUUCGGUGUUUUAAGAGUCGUGUGUCUUUUUAUAUCGAAAUCAUGUAUUAUUCCGUUUUUUGUUUGUUAGUGCUUAGUUUUUGUAGUGUUAGUCAUGCAGAGCUCAUAAAUAAUAAAUUAGAUCGUAAUAUAGACAUUGCAUCACAAUUAGUAAAAGUUUUGAUCAAACUUACAUUAGAAAACACAGGAAAGUCGCCGGUAUCAACAUUUCUCUAUGCUUUGGACCCAGGAACAAAACCUCAUUUAUCGUAUAUUGGAGCAUCGCAAGUGCAAGAAGAAGGCAAAAUUAACUUAAAAACUGAAGAAGUGGCUUCUCCACAAAACACUGUACAUAAAGAUAAAGACCUUAUUAAAAUUCACUUCAAAACUCCUCUUCAGCCUGCAAAAACAACCAUUGUACGCCUGGAACUGGUCUUCACCCAUUCUCUGGAUCCACAUCCAUCUAGUAUAUCUCAGUCAGAGAAACAAUUAGUUUUGUAUCAUGGCAACCAUUACUAUUACAGUCCAUAUCCUACGAAGACUCAAACUACUGUUGUCACUUUGCCCUCAAAUUCCAUUGAAAGUUUUUCUAAACUCAAACCUGUUGCACAUAGUGAUAAUCUUAUUACUUAUGGACCAUAUGAUAAUAUUCCACCAUAUAGUGUUAGCAAAAUGACUAUUCAUUGUGAAAAUAACAGCCCGUUCCUUACCAUAACAAAUUUGAAUCGAGCUAUUGAAGUUUCUCACUGGGGUGUUAUUUCUGUCGAGGAAAACAUUGAUGCUGCACACACUGGUGCUAUACUGAAAGGUCCUUUUUCCCGUUAUGAGUUUCAGAGAGAUCAAAGUGGAAUAGCGUCUGUUAAGUCAUUCAAGACUGUAUUGCCAGCUUCAGCUAGUGAUGUUUACUACCGAGAUGAAAUAGGAAAUAUAUCUACUAGUCAUUUACGUGUUUUGGAAGAUUCAACGGAAGUCGAACUGCGUCCCCGUUUCCCUCUGUUUGGAGGGUGGAAAACAUACUACACUCUUGGUUAUUAUGUGCCUACAUAUGAAUAUUUGUAUAAUAGUGGAGAUCAGUAUGUUUUAAAAAUGCGUUUUGUCGAUCAUGUGUUUGAUGACAGUGUGAUUGAUCAAUGCACAGUUCGUGUCAUUCUACCAGAAGGCAGCAAGAAUAUUCAAGUUAAGAUGCCAUAUGCUGUAGAACGCUUGCCUAAUGAAUUGCAUUAUACAUACUUGGAUACUGUUGGACGUCCUGUCAUUGUUUUACGUAAAACCAACCUUGUAGAGCAGCAUAUCCAAGAUUUUGAAGUUCAUUAUGAAUAUCAAAAGAUUCUGAUGUUGCAAGAACCACUUUUAGUAGUUAUAGCCUUGUAUCUUCUUUUUCUUGCUGUUAUUUUUUAUGUUCGUCUAGAUUUCAGCAUUACCAGAGAUCCUACUAAAGAAAGCAAACUCAGAGUGUCUGGUUUAGUAGAAGCUAUUCAUGGUCACAGUGACAAAAGGGCUGAUAUUUAUGCGAAGUUUGAUGAAGCUUUGAAUAAGUUUAAACACAACAAAGAUCUUAUCCACUAUCAAGCAACAGUGAAAAAAUUAAAUGCAGAACACAAGAAUGAAACUCAAGCAAUUGCAGAUCUUCUUUUAAAGCUGAAGCAUGAAGGAUCGGAUGUUGCAGAAAAGGUUGCAGAACUCCAGCGUUAUGACAAAAUUUUCAAAGAACAACUUACACAACAGAUGCUGCUUGUGGAAAAACUGAUUGCUAAUAAAAUUAGUAAACAGCAGUAUCUGGAUGCUGAAGCUGUAAUAGCAAAAAAGAAAGAAGACAUAGCAGAGAAAAUAAUGAGUGUUACUUUGUAGAGAAUCAUCUUGCCUUUAAAAACAAAGCAUUUUAUUUACUUUCUUACUUAAUUCAUUCCAUGCAAUCAGUACUAAUAAAAAUUGAUUCUUUUCAUUCUGUUCCAAGAAAUAAAAUAUUUAAUAAAAUGUUAUAAAUUAU